UGUGCAAAAUAACUUCAUAAUGGCCGGGAAUCCUUGACACUCUGGCUUUCGGGCCUUAAAUGGAUCAUGGAGGGUGAAAGGAUAUUGAAUGAUCUUCUGAAAAAGAAAUUAGACGGUCUUUACGACGAUACAAAGAACUACAUUGCUACUUUAACGAGAGUUUUAGAGCCAGAAGUAACAAAGAAUGGGUAUCAAUACAAGGCGAAUGGCUGUAACACAAUCGAGCAAAUCGUUUCUAAGUACAGUACAUUCUGUAACAAAUUCCUUAGAUGUGCUAUUGAAGCAAUAAAAACAGCCAAAGAUGGCAAAGAUUUGAGGGGUAUUAUGAAAAUAGUCAACAUGAUUAUGGAUGUAUUGGACUUGGUAUUACUUCACGACAAUGGCAAGUACCACAAGGUUGUGCCUUCUUUAGAUGAGAUUGGUACAAAGCUCUACCACAUUGCUAGUCAACUAAUUACAAAGAAUAUCUUUGAUUUGUCAAUGGAUUAUAUUGAAUACUUCAUUAAAUACAUGCAGCUUGCAAAAUCCCAAGAAAAAAGUUGUAUGAAUGAACUAAGAAGGGUGGCCAAGAGCAUGGCAAGUUUAUGUUGGAGAGCUGCUGCUCUUCUUGAACAGUCUUGUAAAGGAUCUCCCAAAACAUCAGGAUAUUAUAAUGUUCUUAAAUGGAGAUUGCAUGGUGUAUUAUUAGAUGCAGAAGCCAGCUCUGAAGCUUUGCAUUGUUUGAUUACAAAAGCAGCUAGUUCUGUGAUGAAGUUUCGAUUAAGUUGUGGAUCUAUAUCAAUUGAGAUUGAUUCCAGCCUGAUGUCUCAAUUAACAUUGUCUUUUGAUACACUGAUGUGCCAAUUAAGACAGCAAAAUAACAGGAAUUUACCAGAACUUAGACAUAUAUUUUCUUUAUUUGAUCUUGGCUUACUGAUUUCAAGAUUGUUUCAUACCAUGAAGAAGGCUAAGGAUGCUUUUUUUAUGCUUGAAAAACUACAAAACUUCAUUAGUGAAAUGCUGAAAUUAGUAAAAUCCAAUACUGCAGAAAGCUGCUUGAUAUCACGGUUAUCUUCCUGUUGUAUUUUGUUAACGAAAGCAACAAUCCAAUUGGAUGAAGUUCUGCAGAAAACAACUGCCAAGUCCAGCAGCUUUGAAAAGCUUGACAAGUUACUAUGUGAGGGCCACAAGGCAUUGGAACUUCUGAUUUCAAUGAAAGAUGUAUCAUUACAUUCUUCAAUAUCCCAAACACUAGAACACAUGAAAAUCUUUCUACAGCCUAUUAUAUCCAAGGAAAACAAAGACAAUCCUAAGAAAACAUUUCAUUAUUUGCUGUUAUUGUUUGAUGUUUACACUAACAUGCUUAAUACUGAAAUGGAGACCUUUUGUGCUGAUUCACAACAUAAACAGCAAUAUCAGAAAAUAGUUGCCAAGUAUUUGUCUGUAUGUACCUGUGUCAUGAACAUCUAUAAGCACCAAAUUCAGGUUGGAUUGAACCAGAAAUCCACAAAAGAAAGCGACCAGAUGAUGUCUGACUGCAUUCAGUAUUCUAAACAAUGCAGUGAUGUAAUAAAGUUAUUAAUAGCGAACUGCAGUGUUUGUUCAAAUGAUGAAUUAAUGUGGCAUGGUCAGAUUACGUGUUCCAUUGGUAUGGAGGCAUAUAAGCAUGAUGCCUAUGAUAGAGCAGCAGAGCUCAUGAUGUUAGGAUGUAGUGACAUGAAGCAGUGGUGCUACUUGGGAAAAAAUAGCAACAUGUUUAAUACAAGACUUCAGCAGUUGCAGCUGUUCAUCAAGUAUGAAGCGCUUCGAGACUGUCAAAGAAGAAGCAAGCUUUACAAGGAAGCCUUUGAUACAUCUACUACAAUGAUUGAAUUGCUUCUUUACAAGACUCAAGAAGUAGAUUUUCAGUCUUUGGACACAGAUGUGCAGAAAUAUGUGCAGCUCUGGGUUCAGUCUAAACACGAUGUAAUAAAACAUUCUGGUCAGAAAGAUUUACCAGAUUUGCAAAAAAGGACUCUUUUGGAUGUAAUUGAAGACAGUAGUCACUCCGUCAAUAGUAUGGACACUUGUUGUCUUCUUGAGCAAGAACUUCAUUGUUGCAAAAUGCUUAACUCCAGAUAUGAUACAUUAUUGGAGCAACUAUCAGUCACUUCACAGUUGAUUAGCAUUUACAGAGAAGAAAACAGUUUCUGUUUGGCCACUGCUCUGCUGGAACACAUGAAAAUCCUUCACUCAAAUGGGAUAACAGAUCAGACACCUUUAAAUAUAUGUCAAGAGGCUAUAACAUUUCUUGAGGCAGCAAUUAAUCAGUGCCAAGGAGGAGAUAAUCCAGCACCUGUAGUAGCUGUGCAAGAUACAUUAGCUAAAGCAUACUUUUGGAAAGGAAUUCUUCAACAUGAAGCUGUCACUAGAGAUCACGGAGUAAAUCAUGAUGGCAUGAAUACUGAAACACUGGAACUGAGUGAUCAGGCAAUCAGUUUGGAGCAGCCAUUUGUGCUGUCAUUACAUGCUGCUGUUGAUAUGUGGACAUCUAUGGUUGAAAACUGCUUGAAGGAAUCCAGAAAAGUGGAGAUAAAUUUAUCAAACCUGUCAGAUCCGCUUGAAACAGUUGGUUGUCUCAAGACUGUUAGCAUGCUGUAUGGUAUCCUAAAGCAGCCUUUGAACCAGGUGCAUGCAAAUCACCUUUGUUCUCUAGUCAGCCAAGCAACAGAUACAACUGAUACCAGUGUUACAGCAAUUGAAGCUUACACACAAUCCAUAUAUACACUGUGUAAUAUGCACGAUUUACACCAUGCACAGCUUAUCAUGUCUUACUGCAAGAAGAUUGAAGAUGAAACAAGUUUGCAGUCCUUUUCACUGGUACAGCUUUUAAUUGCAAGAAGUCACCUUCAUCUAGAGUUAGGGCAGUUUUCAGAAGGAGAGAAGUGUCUUGUUAAAGCACUGGAUAGUGAUGUCAUGUUAGGUAAAACAAGUUGCAAUCAAAUAGUGAUUCAAGCCAUGGCUUAUUCCUUACUGGCCAAGUAUCUGCAGAUCCCACAUACCAUCUAUAAAUUUGACUUUUCACAAGGUAGCAGUGGUAGUGAAAUGACACCAUUAGAUGCAGCCAUUGAAAGCAUCAGAAAGCUUGAAAGUAUUGUGAAAACACAUUUUACUGAUGAAGUAAACACUGACAGCAAAAUCAGUUCAAGUGGCUGUCCAGUGAUCUCAACUGAUACAAAAUUGUUGCUUAUUUGCCAAAACCUGCUUGAUUGUCAGAUGCAGUGUGGGGAUUUGAUGUCCCAUCAAGGGAUGGUCAAACAAGCCAUUAAGUAUUUUACUGAUGGGUUAUGCUUAUCACGACGAAUGGCCCUGCCAUAUAGAGUGGCAGAGUUCGUCAGUAACUUGUGUGUAACAAAGAUCCAUAAAGGGGAUUUUCCAGCAGCUGAAAAUCAUCUUUUGCAAGUUUGUCAUAUACUUGGACCAGUUUUACAACCCAGUUGCACCAUAACUGAACUUGAACAUUGUUUACAAGUACCACAUCUUAUCAAUCAUCCUGAUACUUGCUGCCAUGUUUGCUGUGCUGACCCAACCAUACAAUCCCUUCAAAUAGCUUUCUUUAUUAAACUUUCCAAGUACCUGGAGUCUAUACAACACUACAGGCAAUCAAUUACCGCCUUAGAGAUUGCUGAUCAAUUGAUCUCUCACGCAUCUCAAAGACUACAAUGUGCUUUGGAUGAGUGCUCAAGCCUUUUACAACUUGGUACUGGAAGAUCCCCUAAACCACCUAGUAAGUCAAACAAGACUGAUGCAAAGAAGAAAGUCUCUAAAAGAAGACAACCGUGUAAGCUAGCCACAGGAGAAGUCAGCCUGUUGUCAACUAUACACAUAAUGUACAGUUCAUAUUUGUGUCAAGUAUUUGUUCAAAAUUCUCUUAUUCUUCUUGGUAAUGGUAAAGUGAAGAAGGUUUUGGAUGUUGUCAAAGGUGGUACUGAUGUUGUGGAGACCAUUAAAGCAGUUACUGGUUCAACACCAUUCUGGUUGAUACCAAACGUGACUCAUUUACUGUACCUGAAAGGAGUUGCUUAUAUUUUACAAGAACUAGGAAGUAAUGAUAGUGCUUUGGAUGCGCUAUGGUACAACAAUCUUGUGGAAGCUGAUAACAAAAAUAGUUCAGAGGGAAGCUUGGAUGACACGAAAGUCAAGAGAAAAACUAGAGGAAGAACAGCUAAGAAAAAAGAUGUACUUCCCACCAAUGAAGAAGUUGAAAAAGUUGCAAAGGGAAGGGGAAGAAGCAAGAAGGCAUCACAGGACAAACAAACUCAAGAAAACAUCAACAAAGAUAGAACAGGAAAUGAUGGUUUUCAGCUUGCUAUUGACACAUUUAUCAAAGCAUUCAACCUCUGCAGUUGCUGGCCAAAUCCCCAACUGUUUUCACAGCUUUGUCAGAGUCUUGCAUUUUGCUAUGGAUAUUCUGAGCCUACCAAGACAGCAUAUUAUCUUGAUUUAUCUCUUGGCAUUACUCUUAGACAUGAAGCGGCUUAUACUACCAGAACAAAGAUAAGAAAGCUAUUGAAAAACAUCAAGCCAGAGGUACCUGGUGGGGAUGUGUCUUCACUAGCCAACAAGCUUAGCUCUAUAACAAUAGAUGACUCACUUGAUGAUAGUCAAACCAUCAUACAGAGCCUUCAACAAACAAGGCAAUUGAUGUUAUUUAAAAACAAACCUGGACUGAGUACAAAGGGAAUACCCAAAGACUGGACUAUCUGUACAUUGGUUCCUGUCCAACUUCCUGGACACCCUCAACAACUUGUUAUAUCCAGACAAAGACCAGGAACAAGGCCCAUUGUAGUCAAAGUAUCAAUGCCAGAUAUUGUUCAUGAGGAUGAUACAUUUUGCAAUGAUCAAGUCAACAAGGCUGUGAUGGACUUGUCACAGUUAUUCCAGGGUAACAUUCAACAGGAAUUCUCAGACAUCAUGCAGGGCAGCUUGGAUAGCAUGACCAUCAAUGAUGAUAAGGACUGGCAACAUGCUAGAUCCAAACUGGAUUCCAGACUAAAGAGUUUAUUAGAGAGGAUGGAGAAUGCCUGGCUUGGCAUGUGGAAAGGGAUAGUACUGGGACAGCAGUAUGAUGUUAAUCAACAAGAAGCAUUACUACAAACAACAAAAGACUUGAUUGUUAAACUAGCAAGAUAUACCAACAAUAGUCUUGAUGAAGAAAUCAUCCAGAUGAUACUGGACUCGCAUGACUAUCUAACCAUGUCACAAACCAGGGACGUACUGUCAAUGAUUACUGGAAUAGACAAGACAAUACCAAAGCUAGACCAGGCUGUAGAAGACUUUCAGCAAGCUGUUAGCUCUUUACCAACAAGAAAUUCUGGAAGAAAGAAAAGCCAGCUUACAAGUGAUCGACAUCCAGUUAUACUUAUCCUUGGAAAGGAUAUCCAGCAUUUACCAUGGGAAAACAUUCCAAUCUUGAGACAGUAUCCUAUAACAAGAAUGCCAUCAAUGCAUUUUGUCCUGGCACAGACACAGAAGGGUGAGCAAAGUGUUGACCCUGUGAAUGCCUACUUUGUGCUAAAUCCAGAAAACAAUCUUCCUAACACACAGAAGAUAUUCCAAAACUGGUUUGAAAGUGAGUUAAAAUGGCAGGGCGUUUCAGGAGAGAAGCCUUCACAGGAGCAAUACAAGAGUGCUUUGUCAGAUCAUGAUCUAUUUCUAUACCUUGGUCAUAAUGCAGGUCAAUCAUUUCUUGGUGGUGAUGAUGUUCAGCGCAUUAUCUGUAGAGCUACAGCAUUGUUGAUGGGAUGUAGUAGUGCUAAAUUAACGGUUGAUGGUAUAUGUGAACCAAGGGGAAUGAGUCUUCGCUAUCUUCUUGCCGGGUGUCCUGCCAUUGUUGGCAAUCUCUGGGAUGUGACAGACAGGGACAUUGAUCGUUUUACAAAGUUCCUUCUAAAAGCAUGGUUACAAAGUGGACAAAAGUGGUCAUUACCUCAAUUCUUGCGCAAUGCUCGACAGGCUUGUAAAUGGCCUUAUUUGAUUGGUGCUUCACCAGUUGUAUAUGGGGUCCCUGUGUUUCUUAAGAAUCAAUGAAAUGGUUAUCAUGACUGGUAUAACUAUCCUGAUAGUAAUACGCCUGACUAGUCUUGAAUAAUUCGUUUGAGUUAGUAAUCAAGUAACAAAUAUACUUACAGUGAACUGUAAAAUAAUAGGCCUUUGAGCUUGAUGUAAAUAUUUUAACAUUUUAAUGAACAAAAUCAAGUUUGUUUUGAAAGAAAACUAAUCUACUAUGAACUAUCUUUUAUCUUUGUUGGUUAUACUAUAUAUACU